UUGACAUCCUCUACCCAACGUCACUUCCCUAUCUCUCCCGGAAGUCCCGCCUCCCGGCUAAGGUCAUUGGCUAACACCCCGUAGCCAGCCGCUACAAUAUUAUCAGUAGAACCACGAACCGUUGUUUCACACCAAUGUUAAAUGUAUGCUUUUAUUUUGAAGGGGAGGAAACAAGCUGUCAAUUAAGUUGCUGACUUCUGGCGCAUGCGCAAACGUUCUACUUACAUCAACGCGAAGACAAAGAUGGCGGACUGUGUGGCUGUGUUUCCCAUUUACGAUCUGUAGCGUGACACAUUCAAGCCAACAUGGCUACAAAUCUGGUCUUUUGUAAAGCUCACGAAAUCAAUGUUUAGUUUAGAGCGAUGGAGUGUUACCUAAAGUGAGGAUUGAAGACGUGAUAGAAGAUGGACGACUACUGCUAUGCUAAGAUAAAGACCAGGACUGUAGAUAAAGACGUCCAGCAGCUGAUUGGUCGUCUCGCUCAGUCAGGAGGGAGCUCCACUUUGAAGCAGGAGACUCCACAACCACCCCGCAUUAAAAUGGAAGAGGAGGAACUCUGGAUCACUCAGGAGGGAGAGUGUCUUCUGGGACCACCUGAGGCUGAACUCGCCAAGUUGCCACUGACUAUUAUCUCUGUGAAGACUGAAGAUGAUGAAGAGAAACCACAAGUAGACAACCUCUCGGCUCCACUAUCAGAUAGGGAGGCUGAAGACGAGGUUGGACAACAUUUAUGCAGCGAUACAGACUGUGAAGACGUCCAGCAGCUGUUUGGUCAUCUAGAAGAGCUUCUUCCUCAGUCACCGGGGGGGAGCUCCACUUUGAAGCAGGAGGCUCCACAACCACCCCACAUUAAAAAGGAAGAGGAGGAACUCUGCAUCACUCAGGAGGGAGAGUGUCUUCUAAGACCGCAGGAGGCUGAUCUCACCAAGUUGCCACUGACUGUUGUCUCUGUGAAGACUGAAGAUGAUGAAGAGGAACCACAACCAGACAACCUCCUAGCUCCAAUAUCAGAUUGUGAGACUGAAGUUGAGGCUGAAGACAAGGUUGAAGAACCGUUGAGCGGUGGUACAGACUGUGAAGGUGAUUUUAGGACUCGGACCAAAAAGAAGAAAGGUAAAAAACGUUUGAGCAGCUCAGUUUGGGCUAAAAGCUUUUCCAAACAGAGCAAUUUGACUGAAUACAUAAGAACACACACAGUGGAAAAAACAUUUACCUGUUCGGUUUGUGGUAAAAACUUUACCCGAAACAGCUUUUUGACUGCACACAUGAGAACGCACACAGGAGAAAAACCAUUUAACUGCGCGGUUUGCUGUAAAAGCUUUUCUAUGAAGUGCAGCUUGACUGAACACAUGAGAACACACACGGGAGAAAAGCCAUUUAACUGUUCAGUUUGUGCUAAAUUAUUUACCAGCAAGGGCAAUUUGACUCAACACAUGAGAACCCACACAGCAGAAAAACCAUUUAGUUGUUUAGUUUGUGGUAAAAGCUUUCCUCAAAGCGGAUACUUGGCUGCACAUAUGAGAACACACACGGGAGAAAAACCAUUUAACUGUUCAGUUUGUGGUAAAAGCUUUUCCGUGAAGUGUAGUUUGACUGAUCACGUGAGAACACACACGGGAGAAAAACCAUUUAAGUGUUUAGUUUGUGCGAAAUGUUUUUCUAGCAAGAGCAAUUUGACUCAACACAUGAGCAUACACACUGGAGAAAAACGAUUUAGUUGUUCAGUGUGUGCUAAAAGAUUUCCCCAAAACAGCUAUUUGACUGUGCACAUGAGAACACACACAGGAGAAAGACCAUUUAACUGCUCUGUUUGUGAUAAAAGCUUUUCUCAAAAGAGAAACUUGAUUCAACAUAUGACAACACACACUGGGGAAAAACCAUUUAAUUGCUCAACUUGCAGUAAAACCUUUUCUCAAAAGAUCAGAUUUACUCAACACUUGAGAACACACACUGGAGAAAAACCCUUCAAUUGUCCAGGUUGUGUUAAAAGCUUUUUUACGAGGCAAGGUUUGACGAAACAUAAAAUCAAACACAAUGGAGAAUGAACAUUUAGUUGUGCAAUUUGCAGUAAAAUAAUCAUUUUAAAGGGGAAAGUUUUCACAAAUUCUGGAGGGUUAAAACCAAUAAAAAUCGGUUCCCAGGGGCUUAUUUUAUUUUUCGAAGUUUUUUUCAAACUUUUACCCGUUACGCAAUAUCCCGAAAAACGGCUUCAAAGUGCCUGAUUUUCACUAUCAGUAUAUCCACCCAUCAAUUAUCCUGUGACGUCACAGCGUGAAACCACCAGAAACAAACAUGGCGGAUAACACAGAAAGGUAUAGCAAUAGUAGGUCGGAUUCAGACUCGGAUUUCAGCGGCGUAAACGAUUCAACAGAUUACGCAUGUAUUGAAACGAAUGGUUGCAAUAUGGAGGCAGGUAGCGAAAACGUAAUUGAAGAAGAAACUGAAGCUAUUGAGCCAUAUCGCUUUGAACCGUAUACAAGCGAAAACGACACGACAGACAGCGACACGGGAGGAAGCGAGGACGAAAAAAAUAAAAUAGAAGCCAUAUUACAUACAGAUAGUUCGUCAUGAGAUAUAAAUUGAUUUAAGAGGACGUAAAGGAAACUAGAUGAGCUCAAAUAUAGCUACAAAUGAGGCAUAAUGGUGCAAUAUGUACAUACAGCUACACUAAAUAGCAUGUUAGCAUCGAUUAGCUUGCAGUCAUGUUGUGACUAAAUAUGUCUGAUUAGCACACUCCACAUAAGUCAAUAACCUCAAUAAAACUCACUUUUGUGCAUCCAUGCACAACGUUAUAAGUUUGGUGGACAAAAUGAGACAGAAAAAGAAGUGGCAUAAACCACGUCUUAGCCAAGACAUCCAGGGGGUUUACCUCGCUCGUCUGCGGGAACAGACUGCCGUCAUCGCUUGCCGUGCUCUGUCGUCCCUGAAUAGCUCACGCACUCCGGCAUAUUCAGUGGUGGUCUUUUUUCCAAUAUUGCAGAUUUCGUUGACUUUAUUGUUGGAAAUGCAUCUGCUUUGAGUGUCGCAGGAUAUCCACACAUUCUUGCCAUCUCUGUCAUAGCAUAGCUGUCGUGGGGAAAGUGUGCCGACGAAACUUUCGCAUCGUUUGGCCAGUGGUGCAACUUGAAUCCCUCCCUGUUAGUGUUGUUACACCCUUUUGACAACACACCGACGAGGCAAGAUGUCUCAAAGGUACGGGAAAAUUGUCGAAAAAACUGAAAAUAAAAGAGCUGAUUUGACUUGGUGUGUUUAAUAAGAUUGAGAAAAUGGCGGAUCGCUUCACGUUGUGACGUCACGGGUCAAAGGUCAUCGCUCUGAAAGGCGUUUAAAUCCCCAAAUUCACCCUUUUAGAGCUCGGAAAUCGGCUAAUGUUCCCCUUUUAAAGGGGAACAUUAUCACCAGACCUAUGUAAGCGUCAAUAUAUACCUUGAUGUUGCAGAAAAAAGACCAUCUAUUUUUUCAACCGAUUUCCGAACUCUAAUUGGGUGAAUUUUGGCAAAUUAAACGCCUUUCUGUUUAUCGCUCUUUUAGCGAUGACGUCAGAACGUGACGUCACCGAGGUAACACACCCGCCAUUUUCAUUUUCACAUUACAAACACCGGGUCUCAGCUCUGUUAUUUUCCGUUUUUUCGACUAUUUUUUGGAACCUUGGAGACAUCAUGCCUCGUCGGUGUGUUGUCGGAGGGUGUAACAACACUAACAGGGAGGGAUUCAAGUUGCACCACUGGCAAGAAAUCUGCCGCCAGACCCCCCCAUUGCAUUUGCCAGAGUGUCUCCACAUUUGACCGGCGAUGCUAAGACAGACAUGGCACAGAGAUGUAUGGAUAACCUGCAGAUGCAUUUGCAACGAUUAAGUCAACUAAAUCACAAAGGUGAGUUUUGUUGAUUUUGUUGACUUUUGUGCUAGUCAGACAUAUUUGGUUGCAGCAUGACUGCCAGCUAAUCGAUGCUAACAUGCUAUGCUAAUUGAUGCUAACAUGCUAUUUAAGCUAGCCGUAUGUACAUUUGAAACUAGAUACCCACAUUUAAUGCGAAACAAACACUUACCAAUCGACGGAUUUAAGUUGCUCCAGUGUCACAAGAUGCGAAAGUCCUGAUCGUUUGGUCCGCACAUUUUACCGGCGAUGCUAAUAAGGCAGCCAUGCUAUGGGCCACUUCAUUAGGUA